AUUCCCUAACAAAUUCAUGAUACUUAGCAAGUGAUGGGAGUUGAUAUAGUGGACAAUCGACUUGAAGAUGAAACUAGAGCUAACCCAGUUGAGGAUGUAGAGGAAGUGCAAAUUGAUGACAGAGAUCAAAGUAGGAAGACACAAAUUGGAACUCGGCUAAACUCAAAGGAAAGAGCAAAGCUGAUAGCUUUCCUCCAAGCUAACAAAGAUGUCUUUGCUUGGACUUUAGCAGAUAUGCCAGGGAUUCCAACCUCGAUCGGCAGGAACCUAGAGGUUUAUGUGGAUGACAUUGUGGUGAAGAGUCUGAAGGCAAAAGAUCAUCUAGCUGAUCUCGAUGAAACAUUCAACAACCUCAAACAAAACAGAAUGCGGUUAAACCCAGCCAAAUGCAUCUUCGGUGUAGAGUCUGGGAAAUUUUUGGGCUUCAUGGUUUCUCAAAAAGGGAUUGAGGUUAACCUAGAAAAGAUCAAAGCAAUAGCCAAGAUGGAACCACCAAAGUCAGUGAAAGACAUACAGAGAUUAAUUGGGAAGAAGAAGUUUGAAUGGAACCAAGAGUGCCAAGCUGCAUUUGAUGAGUUGAAGUAUUAUCUUAGCUCACCACCUUUGUUGACAAAGGCUAUGGAUGGAGAAAUUCUCUAUUUAUACCUCAGUAUUUCUGAUGAAGCAAUCAGUUCAGUGCUGAGCACCGUAUGUCACUCAAACCCUAACCUUGAGCCUAGCGACUGGACCUUAUAUGUUAAUGGAGCAUCUAGUAACAAGGGUUCAAGAGCUGGUGCUCUCUUAAUUGGCCCAAAGGGAUAUCGAAGUGAUCAUGCUUUGAAGUUUAACUUUGAUGCAACUAAUAACAUGGCUGAAUAUGAAGCUCUGCUACUUGGUUUGCAACUCACGUUAGAGUUGAAAGUCACGGCCAUAAGAGUUUACAGUGAAUCGCAGCUUGUGGUUAAUCAAGUCAACUCAAUUUGCGAAGUUAUUGAUCUUGUCAUGAUGAAGUAUGUGGCCCUCAUGGUUGAGCUAAAGUAAAAGUUUUAGAAAUUUUGUUUGAGCAAAAUUCCCCGAACUGAGAAUGAACAGGCAGAUUCACU